GAAUAGGACAAGCUGUUGGCAGCUACUAACAUGGUACUUGGCCGCUGAAGGAACGCCGGGAUGCCUCGUACGAAAAUUGUAGGCUUUUCGUGUAUUCCGUCACUCUUUAUCAGGAUUUUCCCAGAGACCGAUAAGAUGCUGCAAAAGAGUAAUGAUCCUACUCGGUGAAAGAAAAUCUGGCUCGGUGAACAAGCCAUUAUCUGGCUUAUCAUGGCCACUCUGCGCAUUGCCUCGACCCUUCUAAGGCAGUCUGCAGCUCGACCCAUCUCUGUUCUUCCAAUUCGUGGGCUCGCGACUGCCAAAUCUCCAGUAAAUCUCUUCGAGUCGCUGGACACUUUCACUGACAGGCAUAUUGGACCAGACGACAAUGAGACCGAGUUCAUGCUCUCACAGCUGGGCUUUGACUCCAUGGAGUCUUUUCUCACCGCGACCGUGCCGCCGAAAAUUCGCAUUGCUAACUCCACUGUCAGCAAUGCGUCCAUCCCAGCACUCAGUGAGACAGAGCUUCAUGCAAGCGCGAAAAGGCUCGGACAGAAGAACGAGCAGUUCAAAAGCUUCAUUGGCAUGGGGUACCACAAUGCCGUCGUACCCCCCGUUAUUCUACGGAAUGUCAUGGAGAACCCUGCGUGGUAUACACCUUACACUCCGUACCAGCCCGAGAUCGCCCAGGGUCGUCUUGAGUCAUUGGUCAACUUCCAAACGAUGAUCAUGUCCCUUACAUCGAUGGACAUAUCAAACGCGUCCCUCCUCGAUGAGGCAACUGCUGCCGCAGAAGCUAUGGUCAUGGCAUACGUGCAGUCCAACCAGAAGAAGAAGACAUUCUUCGUCGACAAGGCAGUGCUCCCCCAGACCAUCUCUGUUCUCAAGACACGUGCCAAGGGCUUUGGGAUCCAUCUCGUCGUCGGCGACGCGGUUGAUGUACUUAAACACGACGCGCCUCCGGGUGAAUGGGGUGCUGAUAUCGUUCUUGGCAACUCUGCGCGAUUCGGUGUUCCUGCCGGUUAUGGUGGUCCUCAUGGCGCAUUCUUUGCUGUCACAGAAAAGCUUAAGCGCAAAAUGCCUGGACGUUUGAUUGGCCGGAGCAAAGAUACCAUGGGUAACCCUGCAUAUAGGCUGGCGUUGCAGACUCGAGAGCAGCACAUUCGCCGUGAAAAGGCCACUAGCAAUAUUUGCACCUCGCAAGCCCUUCUCGCCAACAUGGCUGCUAUGUAUGCAGUAUACCAUGGCCCCGUUGGACUCGAACGUAUCGCGAAGAAAGUGCACUUCCUCACACAGAUCCUCAAGUUCUCAGUCGAGCGCCUCGGAUUCCGCGUAAUCAACGCGUCCUCCUACUUUGACACACUCACCAUCGAUAUCUCAAAGCACUGCGCAAAUGCCGAAGUCAUGCACGCUGCUGCUGCACUGCAGGGCAUCAACCUCCGAAGGGUCGACAACAAUACCGUCGGCGUUACCCUCGAUGAGUCAGUGAGCCAAGAAGACCUCCUAUCCAUCAUGCGCGCAUUCCACAUCGCAGCAUCGCACCCAGAGCCCAAUUUCGCUGACCUGCCCACCCCAAAGGAGCCUGCGUUCCCUCAUCAGCUCAUCCGCGAGUCCGAGUUCCUCCAACACCCUGUGUUCAACAAGCACCACAGCGAGACCGAGAUGCUCCGGUACAUUUUCCACCUUGCUAGCAAGGACCUCGGUCUUGUGCAUGCGAUGAUUCCGCUGGGCAGCUGCACGAUGAAGCUAAACAGCACGAGCAGCAUGAUCCCGCUCACGUGGCCCGAGUUCGGCGGCAUUCAUCCAUUUGCGCCGCACGAGCAGGUUGAGGGAUACCGGAAGAUCAUCAAGGAAUUGGAAGACGACCUUUGCAAGAUCACCGGGUUCCAUGCAUGCUCCGUACAGCCGAACUCGGGUGCUGCAGGCGAGUAUGCUGGAUUGACUGUCAUCCGUGCAUACCAGGAAUCCCGUGGGGAGGGACACCGUGAUGUGUGCUUGAUACCUGUUAGUGCACACGGCACGAAUCCCGCGGUGAUGGCGGGCUUGAAAGUCGUUCCGGUCAAGACACAUGCUGAUGGGAACUUGGAUCUCGAAGACUUGAAGGCAAAGGCCGAGAAAUACAAAGAUAAUCUCGCAGUUUUCAUGAUUACAUACCCCUCGACGUUCGGUGUCUUUGAAGAUGGCGUGGCUGAUGCCUGCAAGAUUAUUCAUGAUUGUGGUGGACAAGUAUACUUGGACGGUGCAAAUCUCAACGCACAGGUCGGACUGACGAACCCUGCGGUUUGCGGAGGCGAUGUUUGCCAUCUCAACCUGCACAAGACCUUCGCUAUCCCCCACGGAGGCGGAGGGCCUGGAGUUGGCCCUAUCUGUGUCGCUAAGCACCUCGCGCCCUUCCUUCCGUCGCAUCCCCUGGUCAAGACCGGCGGUAGUGCUGCCAUCGAUGCCGUCUCCGCCGCCCCCUUCGGCAGUGCCUCCAUCCUCCUCAUUUCCUGGGCUUACAUCAAGAUGCUCGGCGGCAACGGCCUCUCAGAGUCCACCAAUGUCGCGCUCCUCAAUGCUAACUAUAUGGCACACCGGCUUGCAGGACACUACAGCCUCCGGUUCAAGAACAAGAACGGGCGCGUUGCGCACGAGCUGCUCAUCGAUCUUGCAGAAUUUGAUAAGGCUGCGGGGCUAAAGGUGACGGAUUUCGCGAAGCGGUUGCAGGACUACGGCUUCCACCCGCCUACGUGUUCUUGGCCUAUCUCCACUUGCAUGCUGAUCGAGCCCACUGAGUCCGAAACACUCGAAGAGAUCGAUAGAUUCUGCGAUGCUAUGAUCCAGAUCCGGAAUGAAGCGGAAGACAUCAUUACUGGCAAGCAACCCAAGGAUAACAACCUCCUCAAGAACGCGCCACAUCCGCUUUCCCUCAUGGUUGUGUCCGACAAGGAAUGGAACCGUCCUUAUACGCGCGAAGAAGCCGCAUAUCCUAUGCCGUGGCUCCGCGAGAAGAAGUUCUGGCCAACUGUUUCUCGCAUAGACGAUGCCUACGGCGACCUUAACCUUAUUUGCGACUGCCCGACAGUUGAGGAAACUGCAUCCUCAUAAGCUGCUUCUUACCAUCACUAGAUUUUUUCUCGGUCUGGGGCUGCCAUUCUACUCCUCUAGAACACUCACUUGUCACGCGUAAUGCUCAACCACACGCUCUGUUAUACCAU